CUUCAGAUUUAUAGGGAUGCUUUCAGGUAGUUAAUUCUGAUGAAGCAGAACGUGAAACAAAACAUGUAUGGAUUUUUUCGCAGGUUUAUUCCAAAGGAUGAUAAGAAAGCGGAUAAAAAACGGGUACUGAAAUCCCUAGACGAGGCUGAUGUAUGCGUAGUUGAUGUAGAAACAUUACGAUGCGCUGUCUGUCUCAACAUAUUUCAAGGAAUCCCUCAAACGCUGACAUGCGGUCAUUCAUUCUGUCAUAGAUGCAUUGAAGAAGUGGCUCAUUCGGAAGUGAUGAAUGAUACAAGAGAACCAAACCGAAAUUCGUUUCACUGCCCCAUUUGCCGGAAGCGUGUCAGCAUGAGCAAGGUUAUCCAGAAUUAUACACUGAAAAACGUACUGGAUAGUAUUAACGAACUAUCGAGAGAGGAGGAAAAAUCAAGAAGAGCGUAUGAUAAUACUUUGGAUGCAUCAAAUGAACAACUCCGCGUCAAAUGCAUUGAUUUGGAACGAAAAGCAGAUAGUCUAAAACGAGAAAUCAACGAAAUGCGCAGAAAGGAGUACUAUAAUUAUGUUGCUAUAACAUUUUUCAUUAUUGUCUACAUUAUCCUGUCGACAAUGUUUGGAAAUUGAAUUAUUGUAUAGCUAUUCUAAGAAUUUUAGAAGUAUUUUCCUUUUUUUUAAUUGUUGUUGUAUAAUACCUAUUGAACCGGUUAGAUGCUGAUACUCAUUACCUAUGUCCAACUAGUUGUAAAUAGGGGUCAUCGAAUUUCAAAUUUUGUUCUAAGUUUUAUGCGGUUAAAAAUUAUUAUAAUAAAUAAUGAAUUGGAUAUUAAAUUGGUAAAAU